AUCUUCAUAUCUCAGUCUCAGGAGAGUGCAGCCGGAAUUUUACCCUGCUUUUCCAAAUCGUUUCUGCAAAUGCCGCCGACGUGGAGAUCCACAGGUUCGGGACCUGCUGGGUCGUCCUCAACUCCCUCUCGAACAUUGUCACGAAAGGCCAAAAGACCAGAGCGUGUAUACACGGACGUUGUACUCACAAUACAGCCGAAAUACGCCAUCCUCAUUGCCCAGCGGGAGAAGAACCACGAGUUCAGGUCGUACCAGCGACGAGCCGAUGUGAAGCGGCUAUGGCUCUAUGAGUCUGCACCAACCUGUGCUAUUACAUGUGUAGUCGAGACAUCCGCUCCCAAGACCCCGGGCCAGCUACGCGAUUCGGCUGGUGUAGGGAACGAUGCGUUUAAUGCACAUGAAAAGACUUCAUAUGCGUACCCUAUACGUUCUCUUUACAUAGUUUCUCCACUAAUUACACGCAAUGUAUGUGGAUGCGGUACGGGAUGUUUUCUCCUGUGGGUUUUUGCUACGCUAGUCGGCAACUCAUUGAAGAGUAUCCGUUGGAGAGCAUGGUGCGUCUGUUCUGAUGGCUUAGAAUUCGCUGCAGGGCAUUGCUGUGUUACGGUUGUCGAUAGGACACUUUAGUAACCCCAUGUCUCACUUCAUUCAGACUUGUACAAAAGUAACGAAGAACCGCCC